CCAUUUUAAAUAAAGAAAGAUCAUUUAAUACACCCUAAAUCCUUAAUGACUCUCCCUUUUUAAAGAAGCUCUAUUGCUUGCAUUGUAUCCUCUUCUUCUUCUUCUUCUUCUUCUUCUUCUUCCUUUCUUCUCUUCCUCCAUUGAUGCUCUCUAGAAAACAAACCUUAUAAUUAAGUGAAUGUCCAGAGACAGGUAAAAAAUUAAAUCAACAUAUAUAUUUACACAAAUUGUUUUAAUGAUCUUUUGGUUGAUCAAUCAACUUGGCGCGUGGUUGUGGUGAAAUGAAUGGAAAACAACAGGGAAGAAUUUGGAGAGUACUACGAGAUCGUGAAAAAGAUAAAGAAAGAUCCAACCUACGCAACCACGACGGAUCAUCAUGCCGUGAUGGGGAUCAGGAGACACGUGGCGGCGGUGCCUCCGGGGACAACGUUGAACACCGUGACCCCAUGCGCCGCUUGUAAGCUCCUUCGCCGUCGUUGCGCGGAGGAGUGUCCUUUCUCACCUUACUUCUCGCCCCACGAGCCUCACAAGUUCGCCGCUGUUCAUAAAGUCUUUGGAGCUAGUAACGUUUCUAAGAUGCUUCUGGAAGUGGGAGAGAGCCAGAGAGGAGACGCAGCGAACAGUUUAGUGUACGAAGCAAACCUCAGACUCAGAGAUCCAAUCUACGGCUGCAUGGGAGCAAUCUCAGCUCUUCAACACCACAUUCAGUCUCUUCAGACCGAACUCACCACCGUCCGUACGGACAUCCUCCGCUACAAAUACCGAGAAGCCACCACCAUCAAUUCCCUCCAAAACAACAACAACAACAACUUCAACAACAAUACAACAACAUCUUCAGUGAGCUGUGAUCAUCAUGCUCUCGCCUCGGCGAUUCUCCUCUCACCACCACCUCCACCUCCUCCUCCUCCACGACCACCAAGGUUGCUGUCCUCUCAGCCAGCUCCACCACCUACACCACCGGGUUCUUUGCCGUCUCCGUCGAUGGUGGUGUCGUCCUCUUCGUCUUCCAACUCAUCAGCCACCAAUUCUAUGUAUAAUCCUCCUCCUUCUUCGGCGGCUGGAUACAGCAAUUCUCUGUCCAGUGAUAAUAAUGUUCAUUACUUUGAUUAAAACAGAAUUAUGUGGUUCUUAAUUCUUUUUUUAUAAAAAAAUUAUAUUCUAUUUUGUUCUUAA